AUGAAGGGAUGGCUGGUACUGAUAGAAGAAUUGGACUUUGCUGCUUGCACCAUUCCCAUAGUGUUGUCAUCAUUAGUUCUGGAAGCAAGAGGAGAUGGCUCUGUUAUGAAAAGUCUGGUUAGUUUGGAGCAUAAGGCAUUGAGAGAGCUUAAUUCUGGUUUACAGCAGAAAGUGAAUGCCUAUAUCUUUAAUGGACACAGGCAACCUGUAAAUGUUUCAUCUCCCACACCCCCUAAUCCUGAAAUAGUGGCAAAUAGGCAGGCUCAUGCUGAUCAUCUGGAGAGACUGAGAGAAACAAGUGGCAAUGGGAGCAGAGAAUGGAGUAUUUGCUGGAGUCAGCAGCCAUCACUUGGAGUAUCUAUAUUACAUUAUCCUACAGAGAACCUGCAGCACUCUGUUCAAACUCUGAAUGGCUCCGACAAGGAUCCUGUUAUAGCUGUAGCACAGCUUCAUCAAGGAUACACCUGCAACAUGAACUCUGAAUGUGACCAAAGUUCUAUAGUACAGCAAAGUCCAUUAGUACAUCAGAGAGCGCACAAAGAAAAGAAACCAUAUAAAUGUCCUGAAUGUAAUAAGUGUUUCAAACAAAGGAUCUAUCUAGUAACACAUGAAAAGAUUCACACCGGGGUGAGACCAUAUAAAUGUCCUGAAUGCAAUAAGUGUUUUAGGCGGUGGGGGGAUCUAGUAAAACAUGAAAGGACUCACAUGCUGGAGAAACCAUAUAAAUGUGCUGAAUGCAAAAAGGGUUUCACAAAAACUAGUGCCCUUAGAAUUCAUCUGUCAGUUCACAGUCGUGAGGGUGGGAAACCAUAUAAAUGUGCUGAAUGCAGUAAGGGAUUCACAACAGCUAGUACCCUUAGAACUCAUCGGUCAGUUCACAGUGGGGAGAAACCAUAUAAGUGUCCUGAAUGCAAUAAGUGUUUCAGACAAAGGUGGGAUCUUGUAAUACAUGAAAGGAUUCACAGCGGGGUGAGACCAUAUACAUGUCCUGAAUGCAAUAAGAGAUUCACAACAGUUGGCACCCUUAGGGCUCAUCUCUCAGUUCACAGUGGGGAGAAACCAUAUAAAUGUCCUGAAUGCAAUAAGGGUUUCAGAACAACUAAUGCCGUUAGAAUUCAUCUGUCAGUUCACAGUGGAGAGAAACCAUAUAAAUGUCCUGAAUGCAGUAAGGGUUUUAGAACAGCUAAUGCUGUUAGAAUUCAUCUGUCAGUUCACAGUGGGGAGACACCGUAUAAAUGCUGUGAAUGCAAUAAGUGUUUUGUACAGAGGAGUGCUCUAGUACAACAUGAAAGGACUCAUGAGAGUCAUGAGGGUGAGAAACCAUAUAAAUGUGCUGAAUGCAGUAAGGGAUUCACAACAGCUGGUAACCUUAGAACUCAUCUGUCAGUUCACAGUGGGGAGAAACCAUAUAAAUGUCCUGAAUGCAGUAAGUGUUUCAGACAAAGGUGGGAUCUUGUAAUACAUGAAAGGAUUCACAGCGGGGUGAGACCAUAUACAUGUCCUGAAUGCAAUAAGAGAUUCACAACAGCUGGUACCCUUAGGGCUCAUCUGUCAGUUCACAGUGGGGAGAAACCAUAUAAAUGUCCUGAAUGCAAUAAGUGUUUCAGACAAAGGUGGAAUCUUGUAAUACAUGAAAGGGUUCACACCGGAGUGAGACCAUAUACAUGUCCUGAAUGCAAUAAGAGAUUCACAACAGCUGGUACCCUUAGGGCUCAUCUGUCAGUUCACAGUGGGGAGAAACCAUAUAAAUGUCCUGAAUGCAAUAAGUGUUUCAGACUAAGGGGGAUCUUACAAUACAUGAAAGGACUCACAAGAAGGAGAGACCAUAUAAAUGUCCUGAAUGCAGCAAGGGUUCACAACAGCUGGUUCCCUUAGAAUUCAUCUGUCAGUUCACAGUGGGGAGAAACCAUAUAAAUGUUCUGAAUGCAGUAAGUGUUUUAAACGAAGACAAGCUCUAGUAAAACAUGAAAGGACACACACGGGGGUAUAGCUCAUCAGACGAGGAACUGAAAGCACAGCUACAGGUUGUUGAAACUUUUUCAGAUGAUAUUAGAAUG